AGGACACCUGUGCUCCCCGUUCCCCGUCGGAGGCGCACACGUAGUCGAGCUUCUUGUCCGUGGUCACAGGGCAGGCGGAGCGCGCCAUCGGCGAGCCCGUCUUCCCCCUCAUCCGAGAGCGCCCGCGUCUGGCCCGUGGUGCGCCCCGUCCGCGGCGAUGGCUCCCGGAAGACUGGGCGUGCUGCUGGGCUGCUUACUAGUACGACCACGGCGGCUGGACCGACGCGGCCGGCUCGUCGCACAACCUCCGCGCCCCGCAGCCGUGGAGGGCACCCGCACCUCGCGCGCCGCAGAGGUCCCGACGGCGGGUUGCUGCUGGGCAGGAGAGCGCCAGGUCAGUCGGCGCCGCGGCUUGGGCCGCCGUCAUUCCUGCAGCUUGGCAGCGAAGCGCCGUUCAUGCAGCAGUGCCCCUGCCCCUCGGGGCAGGUGCCGAGCCCCGAGGCGCCCCGUGGUGACGCUGACCAUCAGCCAUGCCGACCUGCAGGCGCUGCGGGACUCGGCCCUGCACUGGGCGCAGAGGGAGACGGCGGCGAAGAUGCGGGUGCAGCAGGCUCGCAGGCGAAAACUUCACGGCCGCAGCUUCAUACUCUGGGUGGAGGACGCGUCUGAGCAGCGAGCCGCCAUUGUCCACGCCUGUGAAGAAGCCACCGGCGCCUGCGCCCAGGUCGUGCUCCCGGAGGCGACGCUGCAGGAGGCUUUCCAGCGCUACGUCCGGUGCAGCAGGUCCGGGGGGCUCGUCGCGAGCAUGGGCCUGCUCUCUGCGCCGGAGGGCAUCGACCAAGGCGAGUGGGGCGAGGCGGCCCACUGGGAGGCCGAGGCCGCCGACGCCACCGCGCCCGGCAACACGCGCGCGCUGGAGCAGCUCGCCGACGGCUUCGUGUCGCGCCUGCUCGACGCGGUCUUCCUCGAGCGGAACGCCUUCGGCGACGGGUGGCGCCUCCGCAUCCCCGGCGUCACCCCGCAGACCCGAGCCGACUCGCUGCGGGAGCACCACGGGCCAGACAUCAAGCUGGCCACCUCGCCCGGCGCUCGGCCCAGGCGCCCGCGGCCCGCGCCGGUGCCCCCUGCUCCACCGGGGGCUCCCCUGCGGCAGCGCCCCUCGGCGUCCAGGCCGGUGUCGGCGCGGGCCUCCGCACCGCCCCCCCGCCUGGCGCCCGCGCCGCCAGAGGCCGCGCCGGCGGAGCGGUCGCCGCCCCAGCGGCUCCCGCGCGGGCCCGACCUGGGCGGCUGCUGCGGCGGGGAGGCCGCGGAGUGCCUGGAGGCUGCCGCGGAGACCGUGAUGCACGCGCUGGCGGAGGCGCUGGGCGAGGCGAGGCACGCCGACGAGGAGCUCGAGCGCGAUCUGGCGGACGCCGUGUGGCAUGCCUUCGAGGCCCGGCCUCGGGACGCCGCCGCUGCGUCCCGGCCCAGGCCGGCCGGCUGCGCCCUGCUCGUGGGCGCGCCGUGCCGCGCGCCCUGCGCGCCCUCGGCGCCGCCUGCGGCCGGCCGGCCGCCCCGCGCGCGGCGGUACGGCGGCGGCUCGGCGGCGCAGCUGCUGCGCGGCAGGGCCGCCGCGGCCGUCGCGCAGGUCGACGCCACGCUGGCCGGGCAGAAGGGCCGCCCGCCGGCCGGCGGCUGCUCCAUCGGCGCGCCCUUCAGGGGCGGCCAGCCACCGAGCAGCUGCUCCACCAACGUGCCCUCCUCCCCGGCCAGCACGCUCCACGAUCUCCAGCAGCGGGUGCAAGACGAAGAGAGCAGGCGAAUCUUCAUGAACAUGCUGGCGAUCAUGUACCUCUACAGCUUGUUUGCGGCGAAAGGGGAGGUCCAGUUGGCGUGA